AUGCCCCAGGUAGCCACGGACUCGCCUUCCCGCAUACUUCCACAAGGGUGCACGCCUUUUCAGGUAAUUCUGGACUUCGACGGCACCAUCACUGAGCGCGACACCAUUGACAAUAUCGGGAGGGCUGUGUUAGAGUGGCGGAGGAGUCCUGAGGGUGGUGGGACAGACGUUACAGCAGAGUGGCAGCGCAUCGUGGACGGCUAUAUUCGAGGCUUAACCGCCUAUGAUGACUCGCAGCCCUCCGAGGAGCAGCGCACGACUGUUGGGCAAGAAUUGGCAUACCUGCGCGGUCGCAGAGCUAUGGAAGAGGCUUCUCUUCGUCGCGUCAGAGAGUCGCACUUCUUUACAGGCCUAGCCGCACAGGAGCAACUCUACGAGGCAGGGCAGCGGGACAGGGAAACAAAGGCGACAACGAUUCGACAAGGCUUUUCCGAAUGGAUCAAAACCCUCAAGGAGGAUUUCGAUCCCGCACCCAGCAUUCACAUUGUUUCGGUAAACUUCUCUGCCUCUUACAUCAAAGGCGUGCUCCAGCCCUGGCUGCAAGAUAUCUCCUCCGUCAUCGCCAAUGAAGUCCAAUCGGAUGGGAACAUCAGCGCAGCACUCGAUUGUUCGGCCCAAAUCCUUGGCAAAGAUUCGAGCGCUUUCACAGUAUCUGAGGACAAACUGGCCAUCACGAAGCAUCUUUCCACGAAACCACCGGGCCCGAUUAGAUACUAUUUUGGGGACUCUACCACCGACCUUGAGUGUUUGAUUGAGUAUGGGGGCUAUGUUCUGGACUCUGAGGGAGGAGGCAGCCUUGUGAGAGCCUUGCGAAGACUCGGUCAUCGUGUACCUCAUACCACAGAAUGUACAUCAACGCUCGCAGGAAACCAGAUAUGUUGGGCGCGCAAUUUCCUCGAGAUUCUUCAAUCACGCUCCUGGGCCCCAAAGCAUCUGCAAGCAGGGACUGUCAACCAGACCAACAGCUCGGUGUGA